AUGACUGGAUAUGGUGUGCAUGAACUGUCAUCAUUUGACUAUGGUCAAGCUGGGUUAUUCAGUGGAUUUGCUACGAGAUGUCUUAUUCAACCCUUAGAUGUACAGUUAGAUCCAACAUUUGGUAACACAAGAGGAAAAUAUCAUGGUGUUUUACAAGCUUUAUCACGUAUCUAUAAAGAGGAAGGGCUGACUGCUUUCUGGAAAGGUCAUGUGCCGGCUCAAGGAGUGUCUUUAACUUAUGGACUUAUUCAGUUUACGCUUUUUGAAUUUCUUACCGAGCAAACACUUCAUAUUCCAUGUACUGCAAAGAAAAAUCGAAAACUGACUGAUAUAAUAUGUGGAGCUCUAGCUGGUUCUAUGGCUGGAACUGCUGCAUUGCCGAUGGAUGUUAUUAGAACAAGACUUGUCAUUCAAAGUCAACCGAAAGUUUAUAAUGGAAUGUUUCAUGCAAUAAAUAUGAUCUGGCAUUUGGAAGGUUUCCGGGGGUUUUUUAGAGGACUCGCCGCAUCGUUAGCUCAAAUUGCUCCUUACAGUGGUCUUCAGUUUUGUUUAUACAACUCGCUCAGUAAUACUUGGAAGAAACUACCAGAUUACCUAGGCAUGUCAUGCAUUUUUUUAGUUAUUGAUCUUUUUUUGAAGCAUUAUAUUUUAAAAAUAUCUAUUGCAGAUUCAUCUGGACCACUGUGCUGCGGUGCUUUAGCCGGUAUAAUAUCGAAAACAGCUGUAUAUCCUUUGGACGUCGUGCGACAUCGUCUGCAAGUUCAAGGAUUUGAUCGCUUCACUGAAGUGCCUUGGACUUCUACUUAUUCUGUACUAAGCAGUAUAGUUAAAAAUGAAAAAAUAACAGGUUUGUUCAAAGGAAUCUGGCCAUCACAGCUCAAAGCUGCUUGUAGUUCUGGUUUUUCGUUCAUGUUUUAUGAAAUUUUUUUACAUAUAAUACGUAGUUUGAAGGACUGCUGA